GGUCAAUGCAAUCGGUGAAGAGAAUUAAAAUGAAAAGGUCUUGAGAUGACUUGAGAUGUGGGCAGGAUUGAGGCAAAAAAUAUAAUUUUUAAAUAUCAUAUUACUCAACAAAAAGCCGAAGGGCCAAAUUGCAAGAAGCAAUAUGCAGGUAGGCAGAUUACAUAAGUAAUGACAUUUGCGUCACCAAUGAUCGCCUACACAUGACUUUAUCAUGGCCCACGUAGGAACAGUCGAGUACUUCAUCUGCAAGGUCGGUAAACAAUUAGUAGAUGCAGAGCCUUCGCGGCGGAAAUGCCGAAUCGAAUAUGCAAAUGAUAUCAGUCCGAUUACUACCCAUUACCCAAUGAGUUAUGUGGCUUGAAGUUGUUCAUUCAUUGUGACCGCGGUACAGUUGAGCGCUAAAGUUUUCCGCUAGAGAUAUGCCAGUGCAUGUGUACUUAAGUAUGAAAAACGUAGUUGUAGUUAUUUAUGAGUAGAUAUUACUAAUAGUUGUAUUAAAUUUUUGAUUAAAUACUUAUAGAAUUGCACAAUUUGAUUAGAACUAAAAAUAAAUGUUUUAUAACUAUUGAAAAUCAUGUGUCAAAAAGUAAAACCGCAAUUAGAAAAUCAGGCGUUAGUUUUAGUAGUUGGGAUCGACAAGAUUUAGCAAGAUAUUUCACUAUUGCAGCGUCUGUUGUGGCCUAUAUAUGCCUUAUCUUAUCAGGAAACAUCUACAAUGUGUGAUUACCUUGGUCGAUAUCUCUGGCACCUGUAACGGAGCUGAAACUCACUCUCACUAUCACAAACAGCACCAUCAUGCACAACAACAACAUUGUGUUUUAAGCUUAUCUAUCAACAUACGUAUAUCGUACCUUAUCUUGGAAAAUGCUGAUUAUUUUGCACUACUCCAAAAAUUCACAAGUAAUUGUGUCCUAACUCAGACGCAAAGACUGCUUAGGUACUUGCAAGUCAUCGUUUUAUGACAGAUCUAAUUAAUAUUUUGUUCCGAAAAUAAAUUGUCAUUGCUUUAUUAUAACGUAACGUUACUCAUCCUUUAUUUACCCUGGGUUUGGUUUAAAAUUUAAUAGGUAUGUUUAUCAUCACUGAGUAGUUUUUAAUUGCAAUGUAACUCAGUGCUAAAAGCUCCUCGCGCGAUUGUACAUGAACGGAGCGGGGCGAGUGGGCGGAGUGAGCGUAUUUUUCUUGCGUCGUGGUCGCGCGGGCGGCGUGGUCGCGUGGGGCGGCCGGCGGCGUCACUCCAUGCCGGAUCACGACAAGUAUCAGCUGCGACCGCGGGCCGCGCGCAGCCGCGAGCCGCGCGCGCGCCGCACGCCGCAGCCGCUCAGCAAGUACCGCCGCAAGACCGCCAACGCGCGCGAGCGCAGCCGCAUGCGCGAGAUCAACCGCGCCUUCGAGACGCUGCGCCGCGCCGUGCCCGCCGCCGCCAUCACGGGCGCGCCCGUGCCCUGCGAGAAGCUCACCAAGAUCACCACGCUGCGGCUGGCCAUGCGCUACAUCAGCGCGCUGGCGGCGGCGCUGGACGCGGGCCCGGAGGCGGGCGCGGGGCUGCGGCCGGAGCGCUGGCCCUCGCCGCUGAGCUCCGAGCUCUCGGGCUUCAGCACGGAGCCCGAGCUGGAGCUGGAGACGCCCUCCGAGUUCGCCGAGGACUCGCUGUCGCCCUUCGACUCGUUCUUCGCCGAGUUCGACUGCGACUACAUCGACAGGACAUUCGCGUGAUAGUGUUGUGAGUGACGUCACUGCCGGACUAUUUCCAAUUAGGUACUAUUUAAUUCUCCUUUUGCCAUACUAUUAAUUAUUAACUUUAUUUUAUUUUGUA